CCGUAUUCUUCAACAGCAGAAUAUUGACUAUGGAGAGAGGCAAGAUGUUGAGAGAAGCAUUUAAUAUGGCCACAAAUCCAGUGCCCUCAAGAAAAAUAUCCCAUAAAUGUGACUCCUCUGGAACAAGCUUGAAAAGUGUUUCAGGAUUAAUUAUUAUUAAUAGAAACCAGAUAAGAAAAAAGCCUAAUGAUCUCAAUGGAUGUGGAUUCCUUGAUAUGGUACAUGGGAAGACUCACCCAGGGAACAAGCCCUGUGAAAAUGAUCAAAAGAAAUCCCACAGACAUAAUGAGGAGUUUAUACAACAUCAGAAGAAUUCUGUUUUGAAGAAGAUUCUUGAAUAUAAUAAUUGUGGGAAAGCCUUUCACAAAAAGGCGGCCUUUGUUACACGUAAGAGAGCUCACAAAGGAGAGAAAUCCUCUGAAGGUAAUGAAUGCAGACAAGCCAUCACCCAAAAGUUAAAGCUCAAUGCUCAUCCAAGAACCCUUAGGGAAAGGAAAUCGCAUGAAUCAAUAAAAACAGGAAAUCUUCAUGCAUGAAGUCAAAACAUGCACAUCAGAGAGCUCACCUAGGGGAGAAAUACUAUGAUUGUAAUAAACUAGAGACAUCCUUUAGCAGGAAGUCCAACCUAACUCAACAUCAGAGAGGGUACGGAGGAGGAAAACCCAAGGAGUAUAAUGAAAGUGAGGAAACCUUGUGGAAGUCAUACCACACUCAAAGUGAGAGAACUCUUGGAAAGAAAGUCUAUGACGAUGAUAAAUGUGGGAAAUCCUUCCACGCAAAGCCAUGCCUCACUCAACAUCAGAGAACUCAUACAACAGAAAAACUUAGUGAGGGUAAUGAUAGUGAAAGCACUGUAAAGAAGGAGUCACACCUCCCUCCAAAUCAGAGAAUUAACACAAGAGAGAACAGCUUUAAAGGUAAAAAAUGUGAGAAGUCCUCCUGUGAGAAGCCAAAACUCACUCAACAUCAGAGCGCUCACAAGGGAAAGAAAGCCUAUGACUGUAAUAGAUGUAGGAAAAGCUUUCGUAAGAAAACAGACCUUGCUCAACCUCAGAGCACACACACAGGAAAAAAGCCCUUUGAGUGUAAUGAGUGUGGGAAGUCCUUCUUUGUGAAGUCCAGCCUCACUGAACAUCAGAGAACUCACAUAGGAGAGAAGCCUCAUGAAUGUAAUGAAUGUGGAAAGUCCUUCUGCCAGAAGUCAGCCCUCACAGUGCAUCAGAGAACUCACACAGGAGAGAAACCAUACAAAUGUAAUGAAUGUGGGAAAACCUUCUGUGUGAAAUCAAACCUUACUCAGCAUCAAAGGACCCACACAGGAGAGAAACCCUACAAAUGCCCUGAAUGUGGGAAAACCUUCCAUGAAAAAUCAGCCCUCGCGAAACAUCAGAGAAUUCACACGGGGGAAAAACCCUCUGAAUGUAAUGAAUGUAGGAAAACCUUCGGCCAGAGGUCAGCCCUCACCAAACGUCAGAGAAAAACACACAAGAAGAAAACUUCCAUCAACGCUGCCUGCGUGCGGAAGCCGGUGUCUACAAGUCAGACUCGUUGAACGUCAGCAAAAUCACAGGGCUGAAAAGCUAAGAUGUCAACACGUGUAGGAAAGUCUUCAUCAGUCGGUUAUAGCUUAUUGGAACUAGAGGAUUCAUAUGGGAGUGAAACCUCAUGAAUGCUUUGAACAUGUGAAAUCUUUCGACAAAUAUUCAAGGAUAUUGAGGGGAAAUGUAUCAGUUUAAGGAAUAUGGAUAAAAAUGUUCUUGCGGAAAUAUUAACCAGAAGUCCUAUUUCAGAUGUGAUACCAAACUUAUUAUAGAAAAGAGAACAGAAGAUAUUCUGUUAAUAGAUUGUGAAGCGUGGAGCUUUUCUAAAAGCGUAAAUAAUUUAAGUCAUUGAUGCAACAGCCUGAAAUGUAUGUGUGAAGACUGAGGCAUUUUGGACUAUAAGCAUAUAGUACAUGAGCGUGCCAUACGACAUGAAUCACAUGUAUGGUCGAUUUGUGUGCAGGAACCCACCGCUGUUCCCGAAUCUCAACAGUACAGCACAUAGAGACUAAGUGGAAAUGGAGCCAUCCCCUAACCUGUGAC